UAUGAUAAUUUCCUUUCUGGGUUUUUGAACUUUAAUCAUAUUCAACUUAAAAACUUAUUCGUUGCUUGAUGAGAUGUCCUCUAUUAUGUGUGGGAAACGGGACAUUAUCAUUUAUCAUGGGUUUGAAAUGUCAUUGCUUUUUGAAGUUUCAUCUUUUCCUAUCAAGGUUUCAGUUAAUUUUUCUAUUUUGAGAAUUUGUGUUUGAAAUUCUAUUGAAGAUCAUAUGGUUGUUUAAUUUCGGUGCCUGGUAUGAGAGCCCCACGUGCACAACUUAACUUUUGCUUCAUUAAAGAUGGGAAGGGUUAAACUAAAAAUAAAAAGGUUAGAGAGCACUAGCAACAGGCAAGUUACAUAUUCGAAACGCAGAACUGGAAUUUUGAAGAAAGCUAAGGAAUUAUCAAUAUUAUGUGACAUUGAUAUUAUACUUCUCAUGUUUUCUCCAACCGGAAGGCCUACGUUAUUCCAUGGAGAGCACAGCAAUAUUGAAGAGGUUAUUGCCAAGUUUGCACAAUUAACACCACAAGAAAGGGCAAAAAGGAAGCUGGAGAGCCUCGAAGCAUUGAAGAAAACCUUCAAGAAAUUGGAUCACGAUGUAAACAUACAGGACUUUAUAGGUGCAACCAGUCAAUCUGUUGAGGAAAUGAAUAAUGAGGUAUCAAUGUUGCAAGCUCAACUUACUGAAGUACAUAAGAGACUGAGCUACUGGAGUAAUCCGGAUAAAAUUGACAAUAUAGAACAUCUUAGGCAGAUGGAAGAUAUACUACGAGAAUCCAUUGAGCGUAUCCAGAUGCACAAGGAAAAUUUUGGAAAGCACCAUCUUAUGCCACUAGAAUGCACAAGCCAGUUUCAGAAUGGGAUACCUUUGCCUAUGAUGAUUGGUGGGGUGCAAGAAGCACAGCCUGUUACGUGGCUUCCAAACAAUGACAAUCAACACAUGUUAUUGCAUAAUGAACCAAGCUUUCUAUCUCAUCGAGAUGCAGAAUGUUCUGCAGAUGGCUCCUUUGCAGGCUAUUCUGGUUUCUUUGGGUCUGGUAAACAAAUAGAGAUCGGCAGUUCAGGGCAAGUUGAUAAUGUGGUACAGGAAAGUAGUGCCCUGAAUGAAUUAGGGAGUAAUGCUUGCUUAAGUUUACAACUUGGUGAGCAAUAUUUGUACCCGCCAUAUAGUGCUUCAAACUUGCAAGAUGAUGAGAAGUUGAAGCCAGAGAUGGAGGUGAACUUACCAGGAAAUCCUGCUGUUUACCAAGUUGUAAGCAACUUUGAAAUCCCUAGACCUAUGUAUAACGGUGGGCCUCAAGCUCGGAUAUCUUCUUCUGGCCCUUGUGGCAUUAUGAUGUUUGAUGGGAAUUCUUACCAUCAGCAAACUAAAUCGACUUUCAUGAAUCAGACACCUCCAUCUGGAGAAUUGCAUAAUUUGUAGCUGGACUCAGAGAUGUGCAUUAGAAUCUGAUCAUUUCGUGGCUUAUGGACAUUCGUUGUGAUAGAAUUGAUCCAAUAAUGGAAUUAAUAGGUGAAGCAUGCAGCAGAUGAAGCAUGAAGCACGGCCCAAGAGAUGGACUAAUUAUCAUCCGGUCAUUUUAUGCUGCUGAACAUGUUUCUUGUAUAUUUAGUGUAACUGUGUAAGUCAUACAGGAUUACUGACUUCUGUAUAUAAACCUUUCUUGUUCGUUUUUUUUUUUUUUUUGUCUAAACACAGUUUUCAAGGGGAUGGUUUCAAAAACAUUUCCCAGUCCCCCAAGGUGUAUAUUACACUCUUGUAGAAAAUGAACAUGACAUUUUACUAUAAUUAGUUUUCAUUUAAAUCGAU